AUGUCCGACAUCAGCCGUAACGCCCAAGCUUACCUGAAGCACAACGGAAAAAUCGAAUCAGGCUCGAUCGCGUCAAGUACGCUGAAGCGCAACAAUAGCUAUCAUCAGCGAUUAAAAAAAUCGUAUAGCGAGUGCGAAUACGCGACCAGUAACAACAAUGGCCAGCAAUCAGCAUCGGCCAGGGCAGGCACGGAGCCAGCGAAAUGGAAAUCCCUAACACCGGAGCCCCCGCAGUCAGGCGCGAAACUGGCAGCCACUGUGAAACCAGGCGCCUCCAUUGCCACCUCGGCUGAUGAGUUUAAACGUUUUCACAUGCUCCGUAACAGUUACGGUGGUAAAUCCAAUCUAAAUGUAAAUAGCCUCAACGAGUCCUCAAUAAAAGCGCAGGUUUUGCUUCAUCAGCAAAAGCUCAAAGAGUACAGCCGACAUGCUGCGGAGCAAAACAACGAUAGCCACUCGACCUGUUCCUCCUCGCAAUCGGACUACCAGCUUCCGCAGCAUUCGCACAAGCACCACCAUCGAUACCAUCAUCACCAACAUCCUCACCAGCAUCUCCCGGCUCAACAACAGCAUGCGCCAGUGUCAGCUACGGUGGCCGCUACGGCUACGCUUACCCGGCCCGGAAAUAAUGGCAGCUUCUCGAUCUUGAAAAACAAGGAUGCAAACGCCGGCAGUGCGAGUGUGAAGAACUCGCUCAAGCGUACCAGCGGCGGAUUAAGCACCCUAUCAUUGUGCAGCUGUGAUGCUGAUACGGAGAUAAUACCGAAUCCAUUAAGGCCAUUAUAUCAGUACAGCUUGGAUCGGAAGAAUCCCCGCCAACACACCUAUACGUGCGAACAAAACGCUCAGAUCCUGCUGCGGCUCGAGAAGGAUCGGCAGCGAAAGUACGGUUCCUCCGGAAAGCUGAACUUCACCUCAUCUACCAAUGACUUAACAACACUGCUGCCAUCAAAUGGAUUGCAAAAAUCGAGCACAACAUUACCCGUACCGACGACGACGGUGGCGACACAGGCAAACAAUCCCGGGCCAACGUCAACGAUUGCGGCGGUCGGACUUCUAGCCGGAAGUGGCAACAACGAGAGCAAUUCUUCGUACGACUAUUCCGGGGUUUAUCCAUCGGAGAACAACUACCAUAUUGAGAACGAACCAUCAUUCGUGGAGGACAUGAUACCGCCGCCGCCACCGCCGUUGAAUCGGCGGCCAUCCUACGGCUACAGUUGCAUCCCACAACCGUUGGCUAAUGAAUCCGCCGGUGGACUGGGCGGACAUCAGCAGCAGCAGCAGCAGCACCAGCCACCGUUAGGGAACCUAGCGAACGACCUGACCUCCACGGUUGCCGGCAACAAUGGCAUCAUUAAUAAUUAUCCUUCAAAUCAGCCGGACUUGUUUAAUUUCGCAUCAACAACCAAUGUCGGAAACAACGGCAGCCAGGUUGGAUCGCAAAGCCAGCAUCCGACAAACGCUUGCGGGAACGGAGGCCAUAGCUCAGCGCUCAAAUCGACGUUGAAAAAUAAAUCAUCGACCCGCACACUAACCGCUAAUGCUGAUGCCGCAGCCACUGGCAACGAUGCUGGCAAAGUCAGAGCAAAGCUGAAAAAGAGUGGCUCAAACUUUGACAUAAUGAAUAAUGAAGCAUUCAGCGAUCCAGUCGACACGGACGGUGACCUAGUAGGGGGUGGAAAUGGCACGAUUUCUGGGAAACAAUUUCCACCGUACUACUUCGAUGAUAACUAUCUAAAUCACGGCCUACAUCAGCACUACUACUACCAGAAUCCGGACGGCAGCUUCCCUGUCAGUAGUAUAAAGAAUGACACCGAGGGUCAACUGUACCUGUUUCAUCACGAGCCAGCGUCCUACAUUCCAAACUAUGACACACUGAACCUCCCGUCCAAGUACAAUACCAUCGGUCCGGGCGGAGGAAAUCCAGGAGGUGGCCACCUGAUUGGAGGCGACUAUAUCGAAAACAGCAGAUAUCAUCACGCCAGCUCGUGCAACCUAAAUCAGUUUAGCACGGCGAAGAGUAAUCUCAUUAGCAGCCAUCAGCACCACUUCUCGAACUCGAUCAGUAAUUUUAACUUCAAUCCGUCGCAGUAUUUCGGAACGGGCCUAGAACCGCCACCGGGGGCCACCAUCAUUGGCGGUCCCGGCGGUUUAGGUCUGAUGGGAGGCGACGGGUUCACCUCAACCAUCAGUCUCAACGGGGGAACGCCAAACAAGCAGCACGCUUGGAAGCACCGGCAGUGUCCCAGCCGAGGGUCCAGCAGCACCGGCUCCGGAUCGUCAAAAUGGGAUCUCCCGUCGCGCCAGUGGCUCGCUGUAACAUCGAUCCUGCUGAUAGCCGGCGCCGCCGGAGUGGCCGUUCCAUUUGCCUUAAAGGUCUCAGCCGGAGCUCCGAUCGAAGAACGCAUCCAGGUGGCCACCCAGCUGCUCGACACAGUGCCUUUAAUCGACGGCCACAACGAUCUGCCGUGGAAUAUUAGGAAGUUUUUACAUAAUCAACUGAAUGAGUUUCGAUUCGAUGACGACUUGAAGCUGGUGUCACCCUGGUCGAAGAGUGCCUGGAGUCACACAGAUUUGCAAAGACUGAAACGAGGCCGGAUAGCUGCACAGUUCUGGGCUGCGUACGUACCGUGCGAGGCUCAGCACAAGGACGCGGUGCAGAUUACGCUGGAGCAAAUUGAUGUAAUUAGAAGACUGACGGAACGCUACUCACCACAUCUGACGGCAUGCACUUCGGUUCGCGACAUUGUAGAAGCGCACAAAAACCAUCAAAUGUGUUCACUAAUUGGAGUCGAAGGAGGCCACUCGCUCGGCGGAUCGCUGGGCGUCCUGCGGAUUUACUAUGCACUGGGCGUUCGCUAUAUGACGCUAACGUCCACUUGUCACACACCGUGGGCGGACUCCAGCAACGCGGAUGCCCCCAAGUACGACAUCAAGCACGGCGGUCUAACGACGUACGGCAAGACCAUCAUCCGGGAGAUGAAUCGCCUCGGCAUGAUAGUGGAUCUAUCGAAAUCGUCCGUCGCCACAAUGAAGGACGUCCUAGCGACCUCGCAAGCGCCAGUGAUAUUCUCGCACUCGUCAGCCUAUGCCCUGUGCAACUCGAGCCGAAACGUGCAGGACUCGGUGCUGGAGUUGGUAACGAAGAACCGCGGCCUGGUGAUGGUCAACUUUUACAAUAAAUUUCUCAGCUGCAGCGAAAACGCCUCGGUCCAGGACGCUGUCGCGCACAUAAAUCAUAUCAGACAGAUUGCCGGGAUCGAUCACGUGGGACUCGGUGCCGGAUACGAUGGCAUUAAUUUCACACCGCAUGGCCUGGAGGACGUGAGCAGUUAUCCGAGGCUUUUUGCCGAACUGCUCGGCGAUGGGUGGACGGCGGAUGAGUUGGAAAAACUGGCCGGUCGAAAUCUGCUCCGAGUUCUAGAGGAAGUGGAAAAAGUUCGCGAAAAUCAGCGGCUGUCCGGUGUUCGGCCGUACGAGGACAUUCCGGUAGCGCUGCGGGCCGACGAGCACUUUAAUUGUACUACCAGCAGUUAA